ACGCGCACACCCGCCGCGCGGCCAGGCCACCGGCCAGCCUCUCUGCCCCCCCCCCUCUCGCUUCUUCUUUUUUUUUUUCUUUUCCGUUUUUAAAACUACAUUUUCCGUUAAAACUUCACGUUAAAACCCGGUUGACCGGUAACGUGCCCCCGGCCCCCCGCCCCCCCUCACCGGACCGGACAAACCACCGGAUUACCGAGUUUCGUGCCGUGCUUCUCCGCCCUGUAGCGGGCCUCGACUUCUCCUCGUUUACCGGCGGUCAGAGCUACCGGACGGUGACGUCAUCACCGGGGAAAAGUUUGUUGCACCGGAGGAGACGACGCUCGUGGAGUGGGCGGAGCUGAGUGAUGACGGGCGCGUCGGUGAAGGUGGCGGUGAGAGUCCGUCCGUUCAAUUCCAGAGAGACGGGACGCAACGCCAAGUGUGUGAUCCAGAUGCAGGGAAACACCACCUGUAUCUCAAACCCCAAACAGCUUAAAGAUGGAGCGAAGAACUUCACCUUCGACUAUUCCUACUGGUCACACACAACGGCGGAGGACCCCAGCUUUGCGUGUCAGAAGCAGGUGUAUAAGGACAUCGGAGAGGAGAUGCUGCUUCACGCCUUUGAAGGAUACAACGUGUGCAUCUUUGCGUACGGGCAGACGGGAGGAGGCAAGAGCUACACCAUGAUGGGCAAGCAGGAGCCGGGGCAGGAAGGCAUCAUCCCUCAGCUGUGUGAGGACUUGUUCCAGAGAACAGGAGGAAACUCUGACCCCGACCUGAACUACUCCGUGGAGGUGUCCUACAUGGAGAUCUACUGUGAGCGGGCCCGGGACCUGCUGAACCCCAAGUCCCAGGGCACCCUGCGGGUCCGGGAGCACCCCAUCCUGGGUCCCUAUGUGGAGGACCUGUCCAAACUGGCCGUGACCGGAUUCACCGACAUCCGGGACCUGAUGGACGCCGGCAACAAGGCCCGGACGGUUGCAGCCACGAACAUGAACGAGACGUCGUCCAGGUCGCACGCCGUCUUCACCAUCGUCUUCACACAACAACGACGAGACCAGAUGACCGGCCUGGACACUGAGAAGGUCAGCAAGAUCAGUCUGGUGGACCUGGCUGGAAGCGAGAGAGCGGACUCCUCGGGGGCAAAGGGCACGCGGCUCAAGGAAGGAGCGAACAUCAAUAAGUCUCUGACCACGCUGGGAAAAGUGAUCUCUGCUCUGGCUGAAAUGCAGAGCAACAAGAAGAGGAAGAGUGAUUUCAUUCCCUACCGAGACUCUGUUCUCACCUGGCUACUGAAGGAGAACCUGGGGGGGAACUCUCGGACCGCCAUGAUUGCUGCUCUCAGUCCUGCUGACAUCAACUAUGAAGAAACCCUGAGCACUCUGAGGUACGCUGACCGCGCAAAGCAGAUCCGCUGCAACGCCGUGAUCAACGAAGAUCCAAACGCCAAACUGAUCCGAGAGCUGAAGGGGGAAGUGGAGCGACUAAGGAACCUGCUGUUCUCCCAGGGCCUGCAGGAGCUGCUGGACAACGCUGUCAACAACAACAACAGCCAUGCUGGUGUUCCUGGUGCAUCCUGCUCCCUGCUGCAGCUGGCUCUCACAGCCAAUGGGGUCACACCUCAGAAUGGCUCCGCCCCUCAAGAUGACGAGCCGGUGUCCGACGGUGACGUACCCGCCAACGCCGACCACCUGAUGGAGGACGGAGAGGAUGGAGAGGACGGAGAAGAGGUGGUCGCCACGGAGCCCAUCAGCAAAGAGGAAGCAGCCGAGAGACUGUUGGAGACGGAGAAGAUCAUCGCCGAGCUGAACGAGACGUGGGAGGAGAAACUACGAAAGACCGAAUCUAUUCGCCUAGAUAGAGAGUCCCUGCUGGCAGAGAUGGGCGUGUCCAUUAAAGAAGACGGGGGAACGCUGGGCGUCUUCUCUCCCAAAGGAACGCCUCACCUGGUCAACCUGAACGAGGACCCUCUGAUGUCCGAGUGUCUCCUGUACUACAUCAAGGAGGGCUUCACCAGGGUGGGGCAGCAGGACGUGGACAUCAAGCUGUCGGGUCACUUCAUCAAGGAGAUUCACUGUGUGUUCGUCAGUGAGACCAACGACCAGGGAGAAGUGGUGGUGACCCUGGAGCCGCUGGUGGGAGCAGAGACGUACGUCAACGGGAAGCAGAUCGCCGACGCCGUCGUCCUCAAGCAAGGUCACCGCAUCGUGAUGGGGAAGAACCACGUGUUCCGCUUCAACCACCCGGAGCAGGCCAGGCUGGAGAGGGAGCGCAGCGCCACGGCCGACCAGCAGGGGGAGCCGGAGGACUGGAACUACGCCCAGAGGGAGCUGCUGGAGAAGCAGGGCAUCGACAUCAAGCUGGAGAUGGAGAAGAGACUGCAGGACAUGGAGGUUCAGUACCGGAGAGAGAAGGAGGAAGCUGAUCUGCUGCUGGAGCAACACCGACUGUACGCAGACAGCGACAGUGGAGACGACUCAGACAAACGCUCCUGUGAGGAGAGCUGGAGGCUGAUCUCCUCCCUGAGAGAGAAGCUACCUGCCAACAAGGUGCAGUCCAUAGUGAAGCGUUGUGGUCUCCCCAGCAGUGGGAAGAGGAGGGAGCCUCUCCGGGUCUAUCAGAUCCCUCAGAGGAGGAGGAUCUGCAAAGACCCCAAACGGGUCACGAUGGAGGACCUCCGCAUGCAGGCUGUGAAGGAGAUCUGCUACGAGGUGGCUCUGGGAGACUUCCGUCACUCGCGCCAGGAGAUCGAGGCUCUGUCCAUCGUGAAGAUGAAGGAGCUCAGCCGCAUGUACGUGAAGAAAGAGCCCAACGAGAGGGACAGCUGGAGGGCCGUGGCCCAGGAGGUGUGCGACACGGUGGGCAUCGGGGAGGGGAGGAGCCCCCCCGCGGAGGAGGGGGGAGGGGGGGAGCCGGGGGAGGGAGGAGAGAAGAAGGCCUACGACCUGAAGGCUCACAUUGAUAAGCUGACCGACAUCCUGGAGGAGGUGAAGCUGCAGAACAACAUGAAGGACGAGGAGAUCAAAGCUCUGAGAGAUCGGAUGAUCAAGAUGGAGAGCAUCAUACCUGUCCAGGACGACGAUGACGAUGAUGACGAAGAGGGGGGGGGGGUCGCCCCAGAGGGAGGAGAGGAGGGCGAGGAGGAGGCCGGCGACGCCCCGCCCCGGCGGCCGGAGGUGCGGGUGAAGCUCCUGAUGGACGGGGACCCGGCGUUCAGGAGAGGGCGCCUCCGCUGGCUGAAGCAGGAACAGCAGCGGCUCCUCAACCUGCAGCAGCAGAGCAUCGCCAAGAAGCUGCGGGGCCUGAACCAAAACCAGGGCCAGAACCCCCCCGUCGUCCCCGUUCACCUUCCCGGUACCGGACGCUUCAUCCCCCCCCAGGAGUGCAAGCUCAAGUUCCCCUUCAAGAGCAACCCCGCCCACCGAUUGUCGUGGGGUCCAGCUAGCGCCGCCCUGCAGGCUCUGGGUCUGGGGGGGGAAUGGGGGGAGGAGGAGGGGGGGGGAGGAGAUGGAGGAGGGGAGGGUAUAGCUUCCCCAUCGCCUCCUCCUCCCCCUCAGGGUCCUGCUCUCUUGCCCCUCCCCUUCCCGGCUCCGCCCCCCCGCAUGCGCACCCCCAGCCCUCAUCGCGCCUGGCAGCAACGCAACCAGGGCAAUCAUGGCAACCAGGGCAACCAUGGCAACCAUGGCAACUUCUACCAGCAGGGCAACAACCAAAACCAGCAGCGCCGCCACCGCCGCAACUCCCUGGACAGCUCCGCCGCCGCUACCACCUGGUGGGUGGGGCUUCACCACCCCGCCUAGGAUGAGACGGCAGUUCAGCGCACCGGACCUCAAAAACAACAAGGAGACCCCCAUCUGACCUCUGACCCCAAGGGAGCGCUCUGAUUGGCUGCAGGACACACACAGUCCUAAUGCUGUAGAGAAGUGUGUGUG